AUUGAGACUUGAUAUAUUCCUUUAGCGGCCUCGUUGUUCAUGUGGAGUUAAAGGGUAUUUUUAAGUUUCUUCUCCUUUUAAAUGGAGAAGUAAAUCCUUCUCAGUUCUCAUUCCCUCCGAGUAAGUAAACCAACAAAGCAACUCAUGGACGCUGAGAAGAGAAUUAUAGACCAAAUAUCCGGCUGGCUCACCCUCUACGAUGACGGCACAGUUGAUCGCACCUGGACCGGACCACCGGAGAUCGAGUUCUUGACCAAACCGGUCGCCGCCCAUGACGAGUUUCGAAAUGGAAUCUCCGUUCGCGACGUAAAGAUUGAUACAAAGACUGGCCUUGCCGUCCGCCUCUACAUUCCGGAGAGGAAGCCCAGUGACGAAGAUGACAAGUUGCCCGUCAUCCUCCACUUCCAUGGUGGUGGUUUUUGCUUCUCCGAGCCGGAGUGGUUCAUGUACUACCAAUUUUACACCCGGCUGGUUCGGUCCACUGGAGCCAUUUGCGUCUCUGUCAAGACCCGACUCGCACCGGAGCACCGGCUACCCGCAGCCAUUGAUGAUGGCCGUGCAGUCUUCCUUUGGCUCCAUGCCAUAGCUUGUGGUGAGUACUCGUCCGAGCCAUGCCUUGGAUCCUACGCCGAUUUCCGGCGAAUGUUCCUUGUAGGAGAUAGCUCCGGUGGAAACCUGGUUCACCAGGUGGCGGCAUGGGCUGGUACCCAGGAAGAUUUGGGUCCGGAGAUAGCCGGGUGUGUAAUAUUACACCCGGGUUUUGUCCGAUCCAAGCGGAGCAGGUCCGAGUUGGAGAACGCAUCUUACUCGGACUUCCUUACACUUGAUAUGGUGGACAAAUUCUUGGACAUGGCUGUUCCAAUAGGCAGUACCAAGGACCAUCCGUUCACAUGCCCAAUGGGGUCAGCGGCGCCACCACUUUCCGGGCUGAAGCUGCCGCCUGUGAUGGUUGGGGUGGCUGAGAAGGACUUGAUGCAUGACACACAGGUUGAGUACUGUGAGGCAAUGAAGAAGGCAGGGAAGGACAUUGUGAUGCUUAUCAGUCCCGGGGUGGGUCACUCCUUCUACCUCAACAAGAUGGCCGUUGACAUGGACCCACAUGUCGGCAAGCAGUCUGAUCAUCUCCUCAUGGCGAUCACUGACUUCAUCAGGAAGCACUAAUAGUUAGUGCGUCAACUCGCUAUCUUUUCGUGUUUGAGUCCUUUACGAAAAAAACAUUGGAUUUUACUUGGAUAAUUUGUAACUUCGUGGUUUUUACCACUGAACUUUAAAAUAAUAAUAAUAAUAAAAUAAAUAUGUACCCAAUGCAUUAAGCUCUCACCAUUGCAUAGUCAAGGGAGGGUCAUAAUGUAAGUAGUUUUAUCUUGAUUUUGUGAUUCAAAUCUAUGACUAUUAGAUCACAAUGGAGUAACAUCUUAUUGCGUCAA